UCUACAUCGAAUCCGCAUAAAACUUCACUUUUCACAUUAAAAUACAACUAAAAACCACUUUUCGGUGUUGAAAUUCUCGAACUUGAACAUCAAGGCAGGUUUGUAUUGCUGAAAAUCGACACAAAACGCACAAAUUUCUUCAAAAAAUGAUGGCUCUUCCUCCGAAUUACAAACAAAUUGCGAUGCAAUCUCCGGGACCGUCUCAUAUGAUGUCGCCUGGAAUGAGUAAUCCGCUUUCAUUCAACAUCCUCAAAGAACGACUUCGUGCUUCGGGCGGCGGAGGAGAUCGAAAAGACACAGCAAGUCCUUUUUCGCACUCAAUUCAUGGAAAUCCGGCAUUCACGCCGCAAAAAGUCGGCAAAUCCAGUGUUAGUCUUGAAACUCGUGCUCCGAAACCUCCAAAGGCUCCCGAAAAGCCUCUGAUGCCCUAUUGGCGGUACUCUCGUAAGGUUUGGGAUCAAGUAAAAGCCGACAAUCCCGAAAUGAAGUUGUGGGAAGUCUCAAAAUUGAUUGGGCAACAAUGGCGUGACUUGAGCGACGAAGAAAAACAAGAAUAUAUCAACGAAUAUGAAGUUGACAAGGCUGACUAUGAAAAGCAAUUGAAAACGUAUCACAGUUCACCCGCUUAUUUGGCUUAUUUGUCUGCUAAAAGCAAAUCUAAAUCUGAUUCUGACAUGCAUCAUGAGCCUCAGAGGAAACAAGCAGAUCGCAGAAUUGACAUUCAACCAGCUGAAGAUGACGAUGAUCCGGAUCAAGAUGGAUUUUCUGUGAAGCAUGUUGCUUAUGCGCGUUAUUUGCGCAAUCAUCGAUUGAUAAAUGAGAUUUUUAGCGAUGCUGUUGUGCCGGAUGUGCGUUCUGUUGUCACUACUCAACGCAUGCACGUCUUAAAACGUCAAGUCCAAUCAUUGGCAAUGCAUCAAAUGAAGCUCCAAGCCGAAUUGCAGCAAAUUGAGGAGAAAUUCGAAUCCAAAAAACGUAAAUUCGUCGAAUCCAGUGACGUUUUUCAAGAAGAAUUGAAACGACACUGCAAACCCGCUGUCGACGACGAAAAGUUCAAACAAAUGGUCGAACGUCAAUACGAGAUCCUCAAACGUGAACGAAUGCGUGCGAUGGAACAACAACAGCAACAAACGGCGCAAGUUAAUCAACCUCCCGCUCCGGGCCCUGAGAGUGUUGGCGCUACCGAAGCAACUCCCGCUUCGGAAAAUGCUCCGCCAACGGGAAGUGUUACGGAAAUGAAGACUCCUGACAAGGCAGAAGAGCCCGAGACGAUUGGAAGUGAUCCGCAACAACCUGCGGCGACAUCAGCUCCCGUUUCGGAAACGGAAAAACCUGAAGAAGCAUCUUCUGAGCCGAUGGAAGUUGAACCCCCGGCGAAACAAACGGAAGAAGUUCAAAAACCUUCAGAAUCUGAGACAGAAACGACUGUUUUACAGCCCGCAGCUCCCGCAGCAACGCAAGAAACAGCUCCGCCUGUCGUUCCUGAAGCCCCAAAAGCUCCUGCUGAAACUCCUGUUGCCGAAAAAGAAGCUCCCAAAGCAGCGACAGAACAAAAACCAUCAACUCCUGCGACAAAAGAACCCGCAGCUGCUAAAGUUAUGCCUCCGCCGCAAAUUCCGCAGCAGCAACAACAAGCGCCCGUAACUCCGGGAAAUCCUCCCGUAAUGCCGCCGCAAAAUCAACAAGGACCUCCGCAUAUGCCGCCGUAUCAUCAGGGAUAUGGGCCUCAAGGAUAUGCGCCAUCAGCUUAUGGUCCGGGCCCGUAUCAACAUUAUCCGCAGCAUUAUCCGCAACAUCCGCCGUACGGAUAUCACAAUCAAUUCCCGCAAGGACCUGGAUACGCUCCGACUCCGUAUCAUUAUGCGCCGCAGCAAACUCCUCCCGCAGGUCCGCCGCCAACUGCGAUGACGCCUGAACAUGCGCCGCCGACAAUUCCUCCGGCAAUUCCGCCGCCUGCUCAAGCGCCUGUCGCGGAAAAUGCUCCUCCUCCAGCUGCUGCUGCUGUUCCUGUUUCAGAGCCCGAGAAAAAAUCUGAAUAAGCGAUUUUGUGUUUUUUUUUUAAAUUUUUUUCGUAAAUGCUUCUUUGUCUCUUCAUGAAAUUUAAAAUUAUCUAAAAUAAAAGUAGAC